GAGAGAGAGAGAGAGAGAGAGGCAUAGUGGUGAUCAAAGGUGGUGUAAGAGCGAGGGAGAGAGCGAGGGCGAGAGAGGAACGCGAGGGCCGAGGUAUACCAUCGAGUAUCAACCAGCUGGUUGGCAAGGCAGCCGCGAGCAGUCGCCAGUGAGACGCGGUACCCCGCGAGGGCUUUCGUCGUUUGUUCGUUCGUCUAUACGUGUGUCUAUAUGUCCGUCAUCUCCCUUCCGCUUAAACCUAUCGUGGUCGUGCGUACGUUCAUUCGUUCGUCCGGUCCGUGUGUGGUGCGUCUCCCUUCGCCUGCUUUCAACGACACUUGCCACCGGUCGCGACUAUCGUCUCUGUGUCAAAGUACAUCUCUCUCUCGCUCCAUCUCUCUCUCCUCGUUUCUCUUGGCGUGCCCAACUGAAAAGACAAGAUGGCUGCCGAUUCAGGAAUGGAGACGUGUCCCUCCCCGGAGAUUGCAGACUCCAGGAAACGGCCGCUCGAUUGUGACGCGGAAAAUGGCGCGACGAAGAGGUCUCAUUACGGAUCAGGGGGAGAUGGAACAUAUCACCUCAAAGUAUUGGUCCCUGGCGUGGCUGCUGGAGCAAUCAUUGGCAAAGGAGGGGAUACAAUUGCCCAAUUACAGAAAGAUACAGGAGCCAGGGUUAAAAUGUCUAAAUCCCAUGAUUUCUACCCAGGAACAACAGAGAGAGUGUGUUUAAUUACUGGUAGUUUGGAAGCUAUAAUGGCAGUUAUGGAUUUUAUUAUGGACAAAAUUCGUGAGAAACCAGAUCUUACAUUAAAGCCAACUGUUGACUUUGAAUCUGGAAAGACUACUGCAGAAAGGGAUAAACAGGUAAAAAUUUUGGUGCCCAACAGCACCGCAGGAAUGAUAAUAGGUAAAGCUGGAAAUUACAUUAAGCAAAUAAAAGAGGAAUGUGGCUCGUAUGUUCAAAUAAGUCAGAAGGCGAAAGAUGUGUCUUUACAAGAAAGGUGUAUAACGGUAAUAGGAGAAAAAGAGAAUAACCGUAAUGCAUUAAUGAUGAUAUUAGCAAAAGUGGCAGAUGAUCCACAUAGUGGAACAUGCCCAAAUGUUAGUUAUGCAGAUGUUAGUGGUCCUGUAGCUAAUUACAAUCCCACGGGCAGUCCUUAUGCUCAAGCACCUACAAGUACUCCCACGUAUACCUCUACAGCUGGUAUUAAUACAGUGAGUCUUUUGAAUGGUGCUGGAUUAAGCUUGAACUUGAAUUUAGGAGCUGCAAUCACAACGGGCACAGCGAGCACAGCACCAGUGACAACGCAAUUAUUGGAGCAUAUAAAAUUAAAUUUACGAACGGCUGGUUUUUCCGAACCUGCUGCUAGUGAAAUUUUGUCUGCUAUCGCUACACUUGCUAAAUAUAAUCUUCUCGGAAUGGGAAUUGGAAUGCCUUCUAGUAUGAGUUACCUUGGAAAUCCUAUGGAUAGCACUACAACCGCGAAUGGUUCGAAUAAUAAUGGCGGCGUAUUUGGGCCAAUUGGAACAGUUCCUGCUCUCGGGUCUACGUCUCCUACACCACGUAAUACACUUGACAGAUACGAGCCCUUUGACCCAUUCAGACAAAACAACACAGCUGCCAGUGCUAUUCAUCUAAACAACAAUUCGUUUGGCCUUGGCACUAACCAGUUAUCACUUGUAAGUAAGAGUCCUACACAGGUAGACGCCAACAACAAGGAGACCAAGAAAGUAGACAUAGAAAUUGCAGAGGUUAUAGUGGGAGCUAUUCUGGGACCCGGUGGUCGUGCCCUCAUUGAGAUUCAGCACCUAAGUGGCGCCAACAUACAAAUCUCUAAGAAGGGCAUGUUCGCUCCUGGUACCAGGAACCGCAUAGUGACUAUCACGGGUUAUCCUAAUGCAAUCGGCACUGCUCAAUAUUUAAUUGAGCAGAGGAUCAGUGAAGAGGAAGCAAAACGAGCACGUCAAAAUGCCCUCGCCAAUAUGAUCCAUUGAUUUCAAGUACAGCACUUUUGUUCAUCCCCAUUAUUGAGCUUCGUUAUCCAUCUUUUCACAUCAUCUUGAGAUGAUGAUACGGUAGCUCUUUCUUCCCUUCUUUAAACACUCGUCCACUACCACCUACCACCCGUUGUCAUCUAUCGCUACAUCACUAUAGCGCUUGCAUUCUCACAUCACUGUUCAUGCAUCCAUCAUGGUUCGUCAACAUUUAUCUAUCUUUUAAGAUUAUUAUGAUAUAUAAAUAUUAUAUGUUAAAUGAUAACUACUACAAUUGUUCUGUGAUACACCACGUUACGGGGCUUUAUCACAAAUAACACACGUACCACAUCAGAGUCACAUAAUAUAUCUAGUUGUAUGGUAUAGGAUAUUGAGAGAAGAUAUGAUAAAAUUAUGAUUAUACUAGAAACGAAAUGGCACAAUUUGGCCAUAGUUGUUCUUGAAAACUGUCAAGACGACGAUGUUACAUGGGUAAUUGUUUCGUUUCAUAAAAAUAAAUCUAUUUUUUUUUUCCUUUUUUUUUUAAAUAUAGGAGCAUAAUCUUAGUACUAAUGCGAGAGAUAUUUUUAGUUAGACGAUCAUACAGAACUCACAAAUUGAAUGACUCUGAAGAAUUAAUACCUUAAUGUGUAUUAUGCAAGUUAAAUUAUAUUUAUUUCCAUAAAAUGAUGUUGCAAAUUAUUGUAUUGAACUGCUCCUUGAACUGUGAAAUGAUUAGACUGUUUAAGCGAUUCACUCAUGAUUACCAUACUAUUUGAAAAAAUUUUCUCUCAAAGUGCAGAGUAAUACCUUGGCAAAACCAAAGAUCUUACAUAUGUAAAGCAGAAAUAACUUGGCUGGAAGAUAAAUAUACAUAUAAAGGGAGAGCUAUGUAUAAACAUAUAUUUAUAUAUUUACAAUGCUGGCUGGUCCAGCUAAAUGAAUAACAUAAUAUACUUUAUUGCCAAGUUUUAUUCUGAAUCCCAAAGCCUUUGUUUCUCAAAUUCUUCUUAAAAUUAUAUCUUGUAGCAUUUAGAUUAAUGUUUUCAGAAGUACAUAAACAUCAAGUGUCAUUGUUUCUCAUUUCCUCUUGAGAACAGAGGAUUCAUUACACUAGGAUAAGAAUUAUUCGAUUUACUACUGGAUCAAAAAGAUUCUCAUGCGUAAUAUUUUGGUAUGAUUGAAACGCAUUGUACAUUAAAACGUUUUUGUCUAAUUGUUUUAGUUUCAAGGUGUAUCGGUUGAAUACAAUUUGAAUUAAUAUAAUAUAUUUCAUGACACACUUCACAAAAUAAAAGCUGUGACAUAGAUAUUCUUGUCAUUCCUUGUAUAUUAUAACAGUAUGAAUAUAAUUAUUUUUGUAAUAUAGAAGUAUUUAUAUUUGUAUACAUUUCUUUUCAAUAGUUGACUAGUAAAAUAUUUUUCAAAAGAAAUAUUCCAUUCACUAGUGUUUUUGAUUCUUUUCUACGCAAUGAUUAAGUAUUCAGGUGAAGAUAUAAGGAUAAAUUAAGAUUCAUAUAAAAAGUGUUUGUCAUGAUCAGCAGUCAUGUCAUAUAUCCUUGGGUUCUGUAUGAUACUGCUUUAUGUGGAAUUCUAUUUAAGCCAACCAAAUCUUUGACAGAUUUUUAACAACUGCACAUUGACACUGAAUCAAAUCUUUAGAUAGGGAAUGGAUUUUAGCUAGAAACUUUGUUUAUGUUGAUAAUAAUUAUCAAUAUUAUAAGAGAAAGAGCAGACAGCUUAUAUUUGAUUGCUAGAUAAGAAAAAGGAUCUACUAAUAACAGACGUUUCAAAUCAUUGUUUUUUUUUUUUUUCAACAACAAUGUGGGGGGGAGGGUAGGUAUUAGGAAAGGGUGAUAUAAGGGAUAGGCGGUAAUCAAUAAUGGGUUUAGUUAAAGUAUCUGAAAAUGUUAGCUGUAGCGUCAAAUGAAAUAUAUAAGUGUACAUGAGUACAAUUCAUAGCUGGAGGCGCUGGCUCACCGCUCUUUAAAAAUAAUUGUAUAUUCAUAAAUAUUGCAUAACAUGAGUAAUAAUAUAUUACACACAGAGAGAGAAAAGAGUAAAUAUAUAUAUUAUAUAUUAUAUUAUAUAUAUAAUAUAUAUGUAUAUAAGAUGCAUAUAUAUAUGUAUGUGUAUGUAUAUAUAUAUAUAUAUAUAUACAUACAUGAAAAGUUUGAAUUAGAUUAUUAAAUAAAAGAGAAUUCGUAUUAUCUAAAAUAUAAAUGGCAUAUAUGUGUAUAUUUAUAUGUAUAUAUGUAUACACAUAUAUAUUUUAUAUAUAUAUACAUAUAUAAAUAUAAUAUAUAAAAGAUAUAAUAUAAGUAAUGAAAUGAUAUUAUAAACAUUGUUAACAAAAU